AUGUCAUCACCAGCGGCCCAAACGGCUAGAAGAUACAUCCUAACAGCGUCUGUUGCCGCGAUCACCGCAACAGGCGCAUGGUAUGGCGCCGGGCUAAAGACUCGCCAGGAGUUUGCGCAGGAAGCGGCAACCAUUCAACAAGCUACGCCAGAGGAGAAGAUCGAGCAAUUGGAAGCCGUCAAAGCCAAGUAUCUUGCCCGGCGAGCGGAAAUGCAGGACAAGAUUGAUCGGCUUCAAAUUGAGGCCAAGUCGGCGCCUUCGCCGCGAUGA